AUGGGGGCCCUUGUUGUUUACCUGGUACAGCUCUCUGAUUUCUCCAGCCCUGACAGCUAGCAACCAAGAGUGUGCUAGAAAGCUCCACCCAUGGAAUGUUUCUUUUGGAGAUUCCGCCUCCUCUGCCUUGUCCUCAGUCCCAGAGUGCCGGGAGGAGCCUCUGAGCUUUGAUGGCUCUUAACUGGCGAAAAUAAUUUUUUUGAUGCUUUGGAAGGGAGCAGCAGACUGGGAAAAGGCCUGUGAGGAAGCCAGGAGUCUUACCAGGUAUUUUAAGUAGAAACCAGAGGCCAUGAACUGGGGAGUCUUUCAAGGGCUCCUGAGUGGGGCAAACAAAUAUUCCACAGCCUUUGGACGUAUUUGGCUCUCAGUGGUCUUCAUCUUCCGGCUUCUAGUCUACAUAGUGGCAGCUGAGAAGGUUUGGGGAGAUGACCAGAAGGACUUUGACUGCAAUACUGAGCAACCAGGCUGCCCAAACGUCUGCUAUGACCAUUACUUCCCAAUCUCCCACAUCCGUCUCUGGGCCCUACAGCUCAUUCUGGUUACCUGUCCUUCCCUGCUGGUAAUCAUGCAUGUUGCCUACCGAGAAGCGAAACUGGAGAAAUAUAGGAAGAAGGUUGGAGCAGACUAUGCACUGCGCUAUCCUCCUGGCAAGAAGCGUGGAGGCUUGUGGUGGACCUAUUUCUUCAGCCUCAUCUUCAAGUCUGCUGUGGACAUCAUAUUCCUAUUCAUCUUCUACCAUGUGUACCCAAACUACACACUACCCAGUGUGGUGAAAUGCUCCCUCGAACCUUGUCCCAACGUUGUAGACUGCUUCAUAGCCAGGCCCACAGAGAAGAACAUCUUCACCCUUUUCAUGAUCAUCACUACCUGUGUUUGCAUCCUCCUCGGCCUUGUUGAAGCCUUCUACCUCGUUGGGAAACGAUGUACAGAGUGCCUUCAGCCCAGAAAUGAAAGCCACAGGAGGCAGGGCAGUGAAUGGAUGAGGAGAGAGAACGCUUGCUCUCUGCCCAACAGCAAACAUGACCCAAAUGAAGUGGGUGUGCAGGUGUUCCAUGCUGCAGAUUACAAACCAUCUACCUCCAUCAUCAAGGCUGCACCACCUACCCAGAGAACUCUAAGCACAUAAACUACCCGGUCAAAAUUAAAUCCUGGAAAAUUUGGUAAUGGAAACCUUUGGGGGGGGGGAUAUGACUUCAUUCUCAGAAUGAACAGUGCCUGCUGCUAGGUAGGACAUUUGCAUGAUGUGCCAGAAGGCAUGUCAGAGUAUUCCAAU